ACCUGGCCUGCGUCAUACCUCGUUCUGGAGCUAGUCGUAGUAGAACGCAUUUCCACUUACAAUGGCUUUCUGUGCAACUGGACCGGUUAAAAAAGACAAGUAUUAAAUCACACAAAUAGUGGAAGGAGAGGAAGAAUAAAAUGGCAUGGGUUCAAACCAGAGAGUUUAAAGUGUGUGAACAUGGAGGACGAAAUACAGAGAUCUGUGAACAAUUUACAAAGGAGAUUGAAGAAAAAGGAAAUUGUAAAGUAUCAGUUCGUACUGACAUUCCGUCUUUUCUCUAUGUUCAUGAAGUUACCCGGGUUUUUCAUGACAUUAAGAGUGCACUGAAUAGUGCUGGAAAUAUCAAUUCCUAUGCUGCUGUGGUUGUAUUUAGGAAAUCAACACGAUAUGAAAAUACAGACUCCAGUGAUCUCUACUCCAGACCCCGGCCCUUGGGGAUCCCUAAUGAGUUACCCAUCAUUGCAUGCUACUGGUUUGAAAAGAACUGUAAGCAACAACUGUGUGACUGUGAGGAAAACAAGAAGUCUGUGGAGAAGCUUGUUCACUUAAUAAAAGAGCUGCAAACAAAGAACAUGGCCUUCGGGUACUGCUGCUUCCUCUUCUCAUGCUUAUUCAUCCUGGGAGUCUUGUACAGUGCACAACAUGCCUUCAUAUCUGCUCAAGUGGGAGAACAAUCAUCUGAUCUUUACCACGGACUAGACCCGAGUCCAGGGCCGAGUCCAGGGCCGAGACCAGAGCCACUUCUCCCUAAUCCAUGGCGUGGUGUUGAAUUUAGUGAUGAUGCUUACAAGAAACUUCAAGAAGAAAUAAAAAAACACCAACCACAGCCUAAGGCUUCCACAACAAAUAUUCUUAUUUCGGGCAAUGUGGGUUCCGGAAAGUCAAGCUUUAUAAAUUCUGUGCUCUCAGAACUCAGGAGAGAAGAAUUCAACGACAGAGUGCAAAGCUUUCAAACCACGAGACAAGGUGCAGAAACAAGCGUCACACAACAUCUAAGAUGCCACACAUUCAAUGACAAGAUCAAAAUCUUUGAUACAGCAGGAUUUGAAUUGGAGAAAACAGUAAAUGCCACGAUAAUAUUAAAGAAGAUCAUAGAUGGUGAAGUGGCUGAAGGCACAAAGUUUGAUGGUAUUCUGGAAACAAAAAGCUCAAUGGAACGAGACAAAAUCCACUGUGUUGUGUUGGUUAUAUCAAUUCAUACCGAUGAAACUGUGGACCCAGCCUUGAUUCGGUGUUAUGAAGAAAUCAUUAGAAUGCUCAGAGAGACUGGAGUACCAUGCCAGCUGCUUGUUACAUUUGUUGAUAGACUUGUUGAGAAGACUGAGGAUUUGAAAAAUCUGUACAGGAGAAAAGAUAUAAAACAAAAGAUUGAAAACUUAGCAAAGGAGAUGAGAAUUUCAAUGAGCAACGUUAUUGUGAUUUCAAACUACUUCGAGGAGAUGAAAAUUAACCAAAUAAAAGGAACUCUGCUGUUGGAGGCGUUUGCUCAAAUGCUGAUGGCUGCAAAACCCUUUCAAGAGAGAAUACCAGAGCCGAGACCUGAGCCGAGACCAGAGCCACUUCUCCCUAAUCCAUGGCGUGAAGUUGAAUUUAGUGAUGAUGCUUACAAGAAACUUCAAGAAGAAAUAAAAAACCACCAACCACACCCUAAGGCUUCCACAACAAAUAUUCUUAUUUCAGGCAGUGUGGGUUCUGGAAAGUCAAGCUUUAUAAAUUCGGUGCUCUCAGAACUCAGGAGAGAAGAAUUCAACGGCAGAGUGCAAAACAUUCAAGCCGUGAGACCAGGUGCAGAAACAAGCGUCACACAACAUCUGAAAUGCCACACAUUCAAUGACAAGAUGAAAAUCUUUGAUACAGCAGGAUUUGAAUUGGGGAAAACAGUAAAUGCCUCGAUAAUAUUAAAGAAGAUCAUAGAUGGUGAAGUGGCUGAAGACACAAAGUUUGAUGGUAUUCUGGAAACAAAAAGCUCAAUGGAACGAGACAAAAUCCACUGUGUUGUGUUGGUUAUAUCAAUUCAUACCGAUGAAACUGUGGACCCAGCCUUGAUUUGGUUUUAUGAAGAAUUAAUUGGAACGCUCACAGAGACUGGAGUACCAUACCAGCUGCUUGUUACAUUUGUUGAUAGACUUGUUGAGAAAACUGUGGAUUUGAAAAAUCUGUACAGGAGAAGAGAUAUAAAACAAAAGAUUGAAAACGUAGCAAAGAAGAUGAGAAUUUCAAUGAGCAACGUCCUUGUGGUUUCAAACUACUUCGAGGAGAUGAAGAUUAACCAAAUAAAAGGAACUCUGCUGUUGGAGGCGUUUGCUCAAAUGCUGAUGGCUGCAAAACCCUUUCAAGAGAGAAUACCAGAGCCGAGACCUGAGCCGAGACCAGAGCCGAGACCAGAGCCACUUCUCCCUAAUCCAUGGCGUGAAGUUGAAUUUAGUGACGAUGCUUACAAGAAACUUCAAGAAGACAUAAAAAACCACCAACCACACCCUAAGGCUUCCACAACAAAUAUUCUUAUUACGGGCAAUGUGGGUUUCGGAAAGUCAAGCUUUCUAAAUUCUGUGCUCUCAGAACUCAGGAGAGAAGAAUUCAACGACAGAGUGGAAAACAUUCAAGCCGUGAGACCAGGUGCACAAACAAGCGUCACACAACGUCUAAAAUGCCACAAAUUCAAUGACAAGAUGAAAAUCUUUGAUACAGCAGGAUUUGAAUUGGAGAAAACAGUAACUACCAUGAUAAUGUUAAAGAAGAUCAUAGAUGGUGAAGUGGCUGAAGGCACAAAGUUUGAUGAUAUUCUGAAAACAAAUAUCAAAAUAGAAGGAGACAAAAUCCACUGUGUUGUGUUGGUUAUAUCAAUUCAUAAUGCUGAAAAUCUGGACCCAGCCUUGAUUCAGUUUUAUAAAGAAUUCAUUGGAAUGCUCACAGAGACUGGAGUACCAUACCAGCUGCUUGUUACAUUCAUUGAUAAACUUGUCGAGAAGACUGAGGAUUUGAAAGAUCUGUACAGGAAAAGAGAUAUAAAACAAAAGAUUGAAAACGUAGCAAAGAAGAUGAGAAUUUCAAUGAGCAACGUCCUUGUGGUUUCAAACUACUUAAAGGAGGAGAAAAUUAACCAAAUAAAAGGAACUCUGCUGUUGGAGGCGUUUGCUCAAAUGCUGAUGGCUGCAAAACCCUUUCAAGAGAGAAUGUAGAGUAUCACAUAUCACACCUGAAGCAUGCUGAGUCCAUUAAUUGGUUAAUUGAUUGCUAAUCGGAGAAUAGUCACUUGGUAUAUAGGGAAGUUGAUUAAUUUGUUUGGAGAGAGACUGGGAGCAGCAGGAGGCUGUGGUCCCAGAUACAAGAAGUAUCACCCAGUCAGCGCUAUCACAGAGUUACUUUUUGUAUUUAUGAAAAUUCAAAUCAUACUCUUUGUACACUUUGUUAAAUUAAUUUCUAAACUAUCAGCUUUGCAUAAACAGAAAAAAAUGUCAAUAAGCAGCUCUGAAUUAUUCAGCAUUUAAUCUAUUGUUUAAUCUAUCAUUUUAUGAAAACAUGAUUAAAAAUACUCUACUUGAGUACUCUUGUUUUAAUCUAGUUCUAACGUCAAUUAAUGAUCUUUGAAUUAAUCAGCAAUAACCUUUGCAUUAUAAGUUGGAAGUUCCUUUAACCAGUUCCUUAUUAAUAACAGCUGAACCUUACAGCUUACAGAUACUCUGCAAUAAUGUAAAAGACUGGGGAACUGAUAAAGAAUGUAAAUCACAGGUGAACAUGAGUCUUAGUUUUCAUAACAUCAUAAAUGAAAUGUGAAUGAUGUUUUUUUAAAUAAAUAAAUAAAAUAUG